AUGGCCUGGUGGGAUGAUGGCAAGGGCAAGGGCUAUAGCAAGGGAGAGAAGGGCUAUUGGGAACGGCCCCCUUCAGGCCCAAGCAAAGGCCUCCCCGACUACUACGGCGACGGCUAUCAUGGAUAUGGCCCCCCCCCGCCACCGUAUCCCAGGUCGCUGGGCUACGGAAAGGGUCUAACCGGUCCCAACGGCAUGGGCCGGCCGCAGAGCUAUGGCCAAGAAGCUGGGGCCAAAGGGGGUAAGGACUCCCAGCCAAGGCUCAGGAGACCGCCGAGCGAUCCAGAUUUAAAAGACAUCCCGCCUCCGCCGCUGCCCGUGCGCAUGGGCAAGUCAGGCAGGGGCAAAAGGAAAGACAAAGAGCAAGCAGCAGAGAAGGGCGACAUGCCCCGAGGUGCAGAGAAGGACAGCAAAGAGAUGCCAAAGCAGAAGAGCAAGGAUCCGCAGUGGAAGAGGAAGGACGAUUCAGGGAAGGAGCCACAACGAGGCUCAGCCAGAGAAAAGAUUGACGUCAUGAGUGCCGAAGUGCGCGACGACAAUCCUUACAGCCGGCUCAUGGCGCUUGAAAGAAUGGGCGUCGUGGAGGAGUACCAGAAAAUCCGCCACUUCUCGGUGCUCAUUGUGGGCAUCGGAGGAGUUGGUUCCGUUGUGGCAGAGAUGCUCACACGGUGUGGCAUAGGGAAACUUCUCCUCUUCGACUACGACAAGGUCGAACUGGCGAACAUGAACCGUUUAUUCUUUCGACCGGAGCAGUCAGGCCUAUCGAAAGUGGAGGCGUCCGUCCAGACGCUUCGGGCGAUCAACCCUGAUGUGGAGUUCGAGGUUUUCAACCUGAAUAUCACAUCGCCUGACAACUACGAGCUCCUGCUCGAUCGUAUACAAGAGGGAGGCUUGGACGAGAAGCGUGUCGAUCUCGUCUUGAGUUGCGUGGACAACUAUGCUGCCCGAAUGACCAUCAACCAGGCCUGCAAUGAGCUCGGGCAGAUUUGGCUGGAGUCCGGCGUCUCAGAGAACGCUGUCUCGGGCCACAUCCAGACGAUGAUUCCUGGAAGGUACGCCUGCUUCGAGUGUGCACCGCCAGCCGUGGUCGCAGGGGGCGGCGACGAGAAUGCCAUCAAGCGAGAGGGCGUAUGUGCGGCCUCCUUGCCCACAACAAUGGGGAUCACUGCUGGGCUUCUUGCGCAGGCCACGCUGAAGCACCUACUGAAGUUCGGGACAGUCUCGAACUUUUUGGGCUACGAUGCUCUUGGCGAUUUUUUCCCUUCGUACAGCAUGGCUCCAAAUCCCGAGUGUGGCAGUCGGCAGUGCAGGCGGCGACAGCAAGAAUGGACAGAUGACCCCGAGGAGAUGAUGCGCAAGUAUUGCCUUCCGGACGUGCCCGGGAAUGCUAAGGAGCCAGAGAUGAAAGAGGAGUCUGGUGCAGAGCUGCACCCUGACAAUGAGUGGGGCAUCGUCGUGGAAGGCUCCAACGAAGACACCGCCCCAGAAAACAAGAAAGAAGACGUAGUCGUGGACACCAAGGGGGCUUCGGUGGCGGACCUCAUGGCCUCCCUGAAAUCCCUUGGGUGA